UGACUCAACAUGCUCACUAUAAUUAGAGAUAUAGAUCCCAAAUUCUGGAUAUAUAUAUAGAGCUACACUCCUAGAAAGACAAUUUUAAUAUAACAACAACGAAAAGAACAGCAAGAACAUGGCAGAGACUCAAGGAAAGGUCAUCACUUGCAGAGCUGCCGUUGCAUGGGGUCCAAAAGAGCCGCUUGUGAUACAAGAAAUAUGCGUCGAUCCUCCUCAGGAAAUGGAAGUCCGGGUUAAAAUCCUUUACACCUCCAUUUGCCAUACCGAUCUCGGAACUUGGACCGGCGUGAACGAAGCUGAACGAGCAUUUCCGAGGAUUCUUGGGCACGAAGCUGUCGGGUAUAUGCCAAUUCACAUUGGGAUAUAUCUACUAUUUAAACCUACAUGUGACGCUAAUAAAACAUCUUUUUUUCAUCUUCUGGAUAUGAACAGAGUGGUAGAAAGUGUAGGAGAAGGAGUUAAAGAUGUGAAAGAAGGAGACUAUGUGAUUCCGACAUUCAAUGGAGAAUGUGGUGAAUGCAGAGUUUGUAAGAAAGAGGUAAGUAAUCUAUGUGAGAGAUAUAAAGUGGAUCCAAUGAAAAGACUGAUGGUUAAUGACGGAGGGACAAGAUUCUCAACAACCACAAACAAGGACGGCGGUUCGAGCCAGAGCCAACGCAUUUAUCACUUCCUUAACACCUCCACGUUCACCGAAUACACGGUCUUGGACUCGGCUUGCGUUGUCAAAAUCGAUCCUAAUGCUCCCCUCAAGCAAAUGAGCCUCUUGAGCUGUGGGGUCUCCACGGGUGUGGGAGCAGCUUGGAACACUGCCAAAGUGAAAGAAGGUACAACCACUGCUGUCUUUGGAUUGGGUUCGGUUGGACUCGCUGUUGCUGAAGGUGCACGAGCAAGAGGAGCUUCUAGGAUCAUUGGUGUUGAUGCCAAUGCUUCCAAAUUUGAGAAAGGUAAAGUGAUGGGAGUAACAGAUUUCAUAAACCCUAAAGACUUAACAAAGCCAGUACAUGAGAGGAUACGAGAGCUGACCAGAGGAGGCGUGGACUAUAGUUUUGAAUGCACAGGAAACGUCGAUGUUCUUCGCGAAGCCUUUUUAUCCACUCACGCCGGUUGGGGAUCGACGGUUCUAGUAGGAAUAUAUGCGACACCAAGAACAUUGCCUCUUCAUCCGAUGGAGCUUUUCGACGGCCGCAAAAUCACUGGUUCUGUAUUUGGCGGGUUCAAGCCCAAAUCUCAGCUACCAAGUUUUGCUCAACAAUGCAUGAAAGGGGUUGUGAAAUUGGAACCUUUUAUCACCAAUGAGCUUCCAUUUGAGAAGAUAAACGAUGCGUUUCAGCUGCUUCGCGAUGGAAAAUCUCUUCGUUGUCUUCUCCAAAUCGCUAAGUUUCUCAAGAAAUAAUUCUACACAUUUCCAAAGUUUUAUUACUCUAUUAUUUACCCAGCAAACACUUCUAUUAUAAAUUAUAUGUAUAUCAUCAGUAGUGCGAUGAUCAACCAUUGUUUGUGCUCAGGGAUUGUUUAAGACUCAAAUGAUCUUGUGAUGUCAUAUAAGUUCUUAUUAUUCA